AUGUCCUCCAGACUCGACCGGCUCGUCACGUUACUCGAGACGGGCAGCACACCUCUCAUCCGGAACACAGCAGCCCAGCAGCUUGCAGAUGUUCAGAAACAGCAUCCUGAUGAGCUGUUCAACCUGCUCGGGCGCAUUUUGCCCUAUCUCAAGUCCAAGUCAUGGGACACCCGAACAGCCGCCGCUAAGGCGAUUGGUUUGAUCGUGGCUAAUGCCGACACCUUCGAUCCCAAUGAGGAAGAUGGUGAAACGAUUAAGAAGCUCGACGAGGAUGAUGUAGAGAUCAAGUCGGAGGAAGAGCAACCCUCUUCCCCCAGCGAUUCCCUCCUCCAGCUCGAGACCCUGGACUUGGCUUCGAUCCUCAAGUACGGCAAGCGGCUACUGGGUAGUGCGGGUAAGGAGUAUGAGUAUUCGCUAGCCGCGAUGGAUCCGGUCUCCCGGUUGCAGCAUCAAAAGAAGACUUUGACCUCCCGUCUAGGACUGGCCGGGGAGUAUAUCGAGGAGGACUUGAUCGACGACAAUGAUCUCGUGUUGAAGACACCCGGUAUCAAGGAUGAGGCCCCUCAUAAAGAAACGAACCACCACAACUCUGCGCCACCGCUGGCAUCUCCCAUGGAAAGUGCUAACGGAGAAGAGGCUGGGUUGAGUAAGCGGCAAUUGAACCAGCUCAAGCGGAAAAACAAGCAGAGCGCGAGAAUGGGAGCUAACAAGGUCCGUGUCGUGGAUUUGUCGACGCGGAGGCCCUCGGAUAAUGUCACCACCCCAUCGGCUACGACCCCUCACCCCAUCAAGGCAGAAAAUGGCGAAGAGAAGAAUGGCGACUCGAAGCAAGACUAUUUCUCCCUGGAAAGGUCGUCAGGCGACGACGACCAGAAGAUCGUCUCGGAAUUCAAAGGGUCAACCGCCCCCGAAAAGCCCUUUAUCCAGCCGGAAACUCCAGAUGAAGGGCCUAGCAAUUCGUGGCCGUAUGAUCCUAUGUGCGAAAUCCUCACGAUGGACAUUUUUGAUCCUAACUGGGAGGUUCGUCAUGGGGCUGCGAUGGCCCUUCGAGAGGUCAUCCGUGUUCAGGGUGCUGGAGCUGGGCGCUUACGAGGCAAAAGCAGGCCAGAGAAUGAUGUGCUAAACCGUAAAUGGCUGGAUGAUCUGGCUUGUCGUCUUCUCUGUGUCCUGAUGCUCGACCGUUUCGGUGACUACAUCUCCGACAAUGUCGUGGCUCCCAUCCGAGAAACAGUGGGUCAGACGUUGGGUGCCCUUCUGUCACAGCUCCCCUCUCGGUCCGUAGUGGCUGUUUACAAGUGCCUCUACCGGAUCGUCAUGCAGAAUGACCUGGGCUUAGAGCGUCCCAUUUGGGAGGUGUGUCACGGUGGCAUGAUCGGGCUGAGGUAUCUGGUGGCUGUUCGGAAAGACAUUCUGAUCAAGGAUCGGAGUUUGAUGGAUGGUGUAUUAGAGGCGGUAAUGAAAGGGCUGGGUGACUAUGACGACGAUGUUCGUGCCGUGAGUGCGGCGACGCUUGUUCCCAUGGCGGAGGAGUUUGUCGCGUCCAGGCAGUCCACGCUAGGAAGCCUCAUGAACAUUGUUUGGGACUGUCUUUCAAAUCUACAGGACGACCUAAGUGCCAGUACCGGCUCAGUCAUGGAUCUUUUGGCGAAGCUGUGUACCUUCCGCGAGGUCCUGGAUGCCAUGAAGGCGAACGCGGCUGUUGAUCCAGACUCGUCGUUUGGAAACCUUGUGCCUCGUCUCUACCCGUUCUUGCGCCAUACGAUCACCAGCGUUCGCUCGGCAGUCCUUCGUGCCCUGAUGACCUUCCUGCAGCUGGAGGGUGAAGGUACCAACGAAUGGGUGAAUGGAAAAGCACUGCGCUUGAUCUUUCAGAACUUGUUGGUGGAACGAAAUGAAGGGGUGCUUAAGCUUUCGCUUCAGGUGUGGUCGGAACUGUUGAAUUCUUUGGAAUCUCGGGGGUUGUUCAAGGCUGAGGGCGACCUCCUGAGCUACAUCGAACCGCUCAUCACCCUCACAAUGUCGCCAUUCGGUGUCCCGAGAUAUCCUCUUCCUAUGGACGCCUCACUCUUCAUCAAGCCAUCUGGGGUGCCUUUCCCAAAUAGCGCCGCGGCUCCCGCAAAAUCCUCGCCCAGUUCGAACAAUGCCGCUACCGAUGGACCGAAGAAGCGUGGGCGGAAAGCGGAAAAGAAAGAAGCGCCGCCGCCUUCAGCUCAUAAUGUAGAUGGGCACAUGCUCCAGGGAGAUAUUGAUCUGGUUGGCGCAGAUACAAUGCUGAGAUCGAAGAUCUACGCGGCCAGAGCACUUGGCAAGUUGCUCUUCCUCUGGGAUAAGAAUGAACUUCCUAGUCUGUGGCAGACCAUCUUGGCGGGUCUCAGGCAUACGGCGUCAACGUCACAAUUGUCGACAGCCAUGAUAGUGGAGGAGUACGCUAGGAUCUCUGGACCUGGCAGCAAGUACGCUUCCACUUUGACUGAGCAAUUACGGCCAAUCAUCGAAGGCGAACGCCCCUUGUGGUACAGCGACAUUGCAUGCUACCUACAGGUCGCCCGCGCACAGUGCCACUCGCUACUCUAUGCGUUCAAAGACCACGCUCAUGUUCCUGGAUCUCGACUACCCACUCUGGCGGUCGUUGUCCAAGGAGAAGAACAGGCCGGGCCCAGUGCGUUCUCUCUUGCCGACGCCGAAAAGGUUGCUGGGCCCGAUUUUGAGCGGCUGAAGAAGGGUCUGGCCCCAGCCCAGCGUAUCACCGCUCUCCAAGUUUUGAAUGACACCCGUGCGACCGCAGAAAGCGCCAUUGAGGAAGCGAGAAGUGUCCGGGAGCAAAGGGAUCUGCGUGUGCGGGCUGCCGCCGCGGGUGCGUUGGUGGCAUUGCACGACAUUCCCAAGAAGCCAAGCCAUAUUAUCAAGGGCAUGAUGGAUAGCAUCAAGAAGGAAGAGAAUGCGGAACUGCAACAGCGCUCUGCCACAGCGAUUGCUUUUCUGGUUGAAUAUUACACCACUGCUACCAAACGAGGCCCCGUCGACAAAGUCAUUGGCAAUCUGGUCAAGUAUUGCUGUGUGGACACUUCUGAGACGCCCGAGUUUCACCAUAACGCGACUCUGGAGAAGUCCAUCCUGUCUCUGCGCAAGGAAGAGGACAGGCGCGACCAUCCGGAUGCAGCGAAGUUCGAGAAAGAGGCGAAGGAGGCGAGAAUCAUGCGCCGUGGUGCCAAGGAAGCCCUCGAGCAAUUGGCUGUCAAGUUCGGAUCCCAGCUUCUGGAGAAGGUUCCCAACCUUGCAAUCUUGGUAGAGCGGCCACUAAAAGAGGCUCUUUCCAGCGAUCUUCCCCAAGAUAUCCUCAACCCUGACAACGAGUUGGGCCAGGAGGUUGUGGAUGGCCUGUCAACACUGCGCGCUCUGCUGCCGAAGUUCGAUAAGGGUCUCCAUCCUUGGAUUAUCGGGCUCAUGCCUCUCAUUGUCAAGGCUCUGCAGUGCCGGCUUUCAGUCAUUCGAUAUGCCGCCGCCAAGUGCUUUGCAACCGUCUGCAGUGUCAUUACUGUUGAGGGUAUGACCAUGUUGGUCGAGAAGGUACUGCCGACCAUUAAUGAUCCUUUGGAUGUUCACCACCGCCAGGGAGCUGUGGAGUGCAUCUACCACCUGAUCCAUGUGAUGGAGGACGGAAUCCUUCCGUAUGUCAUCUUCCUCGUGGUGCCGGUUUUGGGGCGGAUGAGCGACUCGGAUAAUGACGUGCGCCUCUUGGCUACAACCUCUUUUGCCACGUUGGUAAAGCUUGUUCCCCUGGAAGCUGGCAUUCCCGAUCCGCCAGGCCUAUCUGAGGAGUUGCUCAAGGGACGAGACCGGGAAAGGAAGUUCAUGUCUCAGAUGCUGGAUGUCCGCAAGGUAGAAGAGUUUCAGCUGCCAGUCGCAAUCAAGGCUGAGCUUCGGCCCUAUCAGCAAGAGGGUGUUAACUGGCUUGCUUUCCUCAACCGUUACAACCUGCAUGGUAUUCUUUGUGAUGACAUGGGUCUUGGUAAGACUCUGCAGACAAUCUGCAUUGUCGCAAGUGACCAUCAUCUCCGUGCGGAGGAGUAUGCGCGGACCCAAUCAGCGGAGGUUCGGAAGCUUCCGUCUUUGAUCGUCUGCCCCCCGUCUCUUUCCGGUCACUGGCAGCAGGAGGUUAAACAAUACGCCCCGUUCCUGAACUGCGUCGCUUAUGUUGGUCCUCCGGUAGAACGCGCAAAGCUGCAGGCCAACUUGGCAGAUGCCGAUAUCGUUGUGACUUCUUACGACAUCUGCCGGAACGACAAUGACGUUCUUCGACCGAUCAGUUGGAACUACUGCGUGUUGGAUGAAGGACACCUCAUCAAAAACCCCAAGGCCAAGGUCACCGUCGCGGUUAAGCGGAUUGCCAGCAACCACCGGCUGAUCCUCUCUGGUACCCCGAUUCAAAACAAUGUCCUGGAACUCUGGUCGCUCUUCGAUUUCCUUAUGCCCGGAUUCCUUGGUACAGAGAAGGUCUUCUUGGAUCGAUUCGCCAAGCCCAUCGCGGCUAGUCGCUUCAGCAAGUCGUCUUCCAAGGAACAAGAGGCCGGCGCUCUUGCUAUUGAGGCCUUGCACAAGCAGGUGCUCCCGUUCUUGCUUCGUCGCCUGAAGGAGGAGGUUCUGAACGAUCUGCCACCUAAGAUCAUUCAGAACUACUACUGUGACCCUAGUGACCUCCAAAAGAGACUUUUCGAGGACUUUACCAAGAAGGAGCAGAAGGAGUUGGCAAACAAGCUGGGUAGCUCUGAGAAAUCCGACAAAGAGCACAUCUUCCAAGCACUUCAAUACAUGCGCCGUCUUUGCAACUCACCUGCGCUGGUCGUGAAAGAGGGACACAAGCAGUACAACGAGGUCCAGCAAUACCUCACCACGAAACAGUCCCAUAUCCGCGAUGUGUCCCAUGCGCCGAAGCUCAGCGCUCUACGCGACCUGCUACUCGACUGUGGCAUCGGUGUCGACCCACCCACUGAAGGUGAUCUCGGCACCGGGGCAAGCUACGUGAGCCCACACCGAGCCCUAGUGUUCUGCCAAAUGAAGGAGAUGCUCGACAUCGUGCAAAGCGAGGUGUUGCGCAAGCUUCUCCCCUCGGUUCAGUAUCUCCGCCUUGACGGUGGCGUGGAGGCUACUAAGCGUCAGGACAUUGUCAACCGCUUUAACUCGGAUCCUAGCUACGAUGUCCUGCUCUUGACGACCAGCGUCGGUGGUUUGGGUCUGAACCUUACGGGAGCCGACACCGUUAUCUUCGUGGAGCACGACUGGAACCCGCAGAAGGAUAUCCAAGCCAUGGACCGUGCUCACCGUAUCGGUCAGAAGAAGGUUGUCAACGUGUACCGGUUGAUCACACGCGGUACUCUGGAGGAGAAGAUCUUGAAUCUCCAACGAUUCAAGAUCGACGUCGCCUCCACAGUGGUCAACCAACAAAACGCAGGCCUGAAUACAAUGGACACCGACCAACUCCUGGAUCUCUUCAACCUCGGAGAAACAGCCGACAACGCCGAGAAACCCAACGAGCAGGCCGGCAACGAAGUAGACAUGGUCGACAUCGACGGCGAAGUCAAAGAAAAGGGCAAGAAGGGCUGGCUAGACGACCUCGGCGAGCUCUGGGACGACCGCCAAUACCAGGAAGAAUACAACCUGGACUCGUUCCUGGCCACAAUGAAGUCAUGA